AUGCAAGCUGUCUCGAAAUUCAUCUUUGGCCCGAGCCAAGAAGAGAGAGUGAAGAAGGUCCAAUCGCAGUUACGAUCCGAACAGCGCUCACUCGAUCGAGAGAUGCGACAGAUCGACCAAGGAUCCACAAAGACCAAAGCCGAAAUUAAGAAGCUUGCCAACAAGGGCGACGUCAAGAACGCAAAGAUUCUAGCAAGGGAAGUCGUCCGCGCCCAGAAGCAGAAGAACCGUCUUGCAGUGUCCAAAGCGAGACUCAAUAGUAUACAUAUGCAGCUGCAGCAUCAACUCGCAAUGUACAAGCUGACAGGAAGCAUGCAGAAAUCGACCGAGAUCAUGAAGUUGUCGAAUCAACUGGUCAAGCUGCCAGAAGUUUCGGCGAUUAUGCGGCAAAUGAGUGGCGAGAUGACCAAGGCGGGCAUCAUGGAAGAACUCAUGGACGACACAUUAGAUUCUGGUGUCCUCGGCCAAGACGAAGAUGAGAUGGAAGAGGAAGCACAAGAAGAAGUCGACAAAGUCCUCUAUCAGCUCACCGACGGCAAAUUGGGUCAAGCAAGCACAACCGAUGGACUACCAGAACUGGCGAUGGAAGAUCCAAAACUCAACGAAGAACAGGAACAAGCAGAUAUGCAACGCAUGCAGGCUGCUUUGGAUGGGUUGAUUCGUGGAUGA